AUGACGGUUGUUUUGGACCUGGACGAGACGCUGGUGUGCGCCUACAGCCGCAACAACGUGCCUGCAGACCUGCUUUACAGCAGUGCCAAGUCCUUCGAAGUGUCCUGCGUCUUGGGAAACGGCAGGAUGGGCGACGUGGUCGUGUUCCCUCGACCUGGAGUGCAGGCUUUCCUGGAGAGCCUCGCAGAAUUUGCAGAGCUCAUUCUCUUCACAGCGGGCCACCCAGGGUAUGCGCAGCUGGUGAUUGAGAUGCUGGACCCAGACAACCGCCUCUUUGCUGCCAAGCUCUACCGGCCGGAGACGGUGCGCACGCACAUGCAGGACUAUGUGAAGGAUCUGCGCCGUGUCGGCCGCUGCCUCAGCCGCACCGUGCUGGUCGACAAUGAUCCCUUCUCUGGCCUGCUCCAGCCCUGCAACGUCGUGCCGGCCCGCCCCUUCUACGGAGACCCCCAUGACAGGCAGCUAAUGCGUGAUCUGCUGCCCUUCCUGAGGGGCCUGUCCACGCUGCCAGAUGUGCGGCCGACACUGGCAGAGAGCUUCAACGUUCCCGAGUAUUUUUCUAGGCACGGCUACUGCUUGUACGAGGAUGCAUCUGGAUACCUGACAGCCGCAGCAACCAUCAUUUCCUGA